AUGCCUCCCUUCUAUGAUGCCACCACCGUCACCUCGACAGGUACUCACACGUAUACCGCAAACUUUCCAAAGGACUACUGCAUUGGCUCAGUUCCUCAUGGCGGAUACAUCACUUCAUGCUUCAUGCGCGUAGCCCAGCUACACUUUGCCACGACCUUGGCCAAGCAGAACCAACCACAUAUCAUGUCCAUGCAUCUAGAAUUCCUCAGACGGACUAGCAUUGGACCUGCUCAAUUCAACGUCAGAGAUGUCAAAUUAGGCAAAGGUACCUCUAUCAUCCAUGUGACUCUAUUCCAAGAUGGUGGCGAUCGCGAAGAAGUCGCUGCCUACAUCACGAACAGCAACCUUGCCACAGAAGAAGGCACUUCCUUUCCUACAGGCUGGAAACUGGAACCUGCGGCUCCACCCGCUGACGUCUCCGCGCUGAAAGCCGGCACCGACGAUGCUUGGAAAGAGCAGAAAUCCAUGCCCUUCGCCAUCUUCCGCCGCGCCAGUCAACAUGUCAACUUCUACUUCCCCAGACAAGGUCAACGUAUGCGCAGUCUAGCGGAUCAGUGGAUGUGCUUCAGCAACGGCGAGCGAUUUACAAAUUCUAGCCUGGGCUAUGUAUCCGACAUGUUUCCUCAAAUUCUCGAGAGCUAUCGUACAGGUAGCGACCCCUAUGCCGUCGAACCUCUACGUGAUCCCGAGGAGAUCAACAAAUUGGCCGCCCAGCAAAAGGGCUUCUCAUCCGCCUGGUAUCCGACUCUGCUAUUGAAUCUUGACGUCAAGAAACUCUUGCCUGAGGAGGGUGUCGAGUUUUUAUUCCUCAGGGUUCGCGCAAAACAGAUCAAGAAUGGCAGAUAUGAUCUGGAAGUCAUCAUCAUGGACGAUGCUGGAGAUAUCGUGGCCCUUAGCCACCACAUUUGCAUGAUCAUGUCCGCAGAGAGAAAUUUGCAAGCAAGAUCGAAGCCUGCAAACAAGCUCUAG